GACUUUUAUAUAAACCAAACCAACCCCCAAAUUCUGCUAUUAUCAUCGUCAAAUCUGAGAGAUUCUCUUCACUUUUUUGUCAAUCAGCUGAAACUUGAGCGAUCAGAUCAAAAUGGCUCCACGUGGGUUUCUCUUGGCUGCUCUGUUUCUGUCCUGUUUCUUCGGAUUCUCUCAUGGAAAAGGCCAUUUUUCCACUCUCCCAAGAACUUUGGAAGUCACUGCUUCCCCAAAACCUGGCCAAGUUCUGAAAGCGGGUGUAGAUAAAAUCAACGUGAGCUGGGUUCUGAACGGGACGGUCCGGGCCGGGUCGGAUUCGGAGUACAAGACGGUGAAGGUGAAGUUAUGCUACGCGAAGGUGAGCCAAGUGGACCGCGCGUGGAGGAAAACGGAAGACGAUCUCUCAAAGGACAAGACCUGCCAGUUCCUCAUCGUCGAGAAGCCGUACAAUCCGGCCGUCCAAAAGUUCGAGUCGACGGUGAAGCGUGACGUGCCGACGGCGACUUUCUUCGUCCGGGCCUACGCUUUAAAUUCCGCCGGCGAUGAGGUGGCAUACGGCCAAACAACCGACGAUCGGAAAGCCACCAACCUAUUUCAAAUCGAAUCGAUCACCGGGCGCCACGUGUCACUCGACAUCGCCUCCGUCUGCUUCAGUGCUUUCUCUGUGGUGGCGCUGUUCGGAUUUUUCUUCGCCGACAAGAGGAAGGCCAAAUCGGCGGCGGCAGCGGCGGCUGCGCAGGGGCAGUAAAUUAACAAGAAAGGUGGAAACUUUUGUGAUUGAGUUUCCUUCCUAGUUUGCAUCAACGCCAAUCUGCUUGAUUUAAGAGUAGGUUAUAUGAGCUAUUUUUAAAGUCUUUUGUAAUUUGGGUUUCUGUUGUUGGUACUGUAAUUUUCUAGGGGGAAAAAAAGGAAUCAACGAUAUGAUAUAUGGUGGAAAAUAAAAUGUAUUAAUGUGGCUGUGUAUUCAAUGUUCACAGAUGUGAUAAUCACUUUGCAGUGAAA